AUUCCACGGCCCAGGGCCCACGAACGAAGAAGUGACGAAGGGUAAUGGCCUUUACGUAAUAACUGGUCAUGGUCUGAGGCUAUUCCUGUACCUUCGAUCUCCACGUUUAAAUGCUCGUGUUUUUCGCAAUUUCGCUUACAGGUGAGAGAGAGAGAGAGAGGGGGGCAGAGAGCGAAAGACCUGAAAGGAGCCAUACCUUGCUUGCUUGCAUACUCCCGAGUUCCAACCUUUAUUUAAUUUAUUUAUUUUUUUCUUUCUGUUCUUUUUUUUACUCUUUCCUACUUUUGCCGACACUUCUCUCUUCUUCUUGAGAGCUUCGAAUCUGCUUCUCUUCUUUAAUGGAGAAAACCGUCGAGCAAGAAGAAGAUCUGAGCUCUCUCAGCUUACUCUCUUCGUCUUGGCUUCCGGUGUUGUCUUGCAUGCGUGAUAGAGAAAUGGAGUGUCAACUGUAAAAGAGCUCUGUAAAUCAAAAUGGGGACGAACAGAAGAACCUCUCUUUCCACCUCUCGUUUCUUCACUGUUAGUUCUGCUAUUGCCUUGGCGACACUCACUACUGUCAUUUUCACUCCGCCUCUCGUUCGUGCAACUACCGAUCCUUUGGAUGUUCAAUCCCUUCAGGUUCUAUACGUUUCAUUGAACAGUCCUCCACGGUUAACAGGGUGGAAAUCAGGUGGCGGUGAUCCAUGUGGAGAAUCAUGGAAAGGUGUUAUUUGUCAGGGGUCUGCUGUUGUUGCGAUUCAGCUUCCCGGGCUCGGACUCAGUGGGACUUUGGGAUACAUGCUUUCCAGUCUUUUUUCAUUAAGAACACUGGAUUUGAGUGACAACAACAUUCAUGAUUCGAUUCCGUAUCAAUUACCGCCAAAUCUUACAAGCCUAAACCUUGCAAGUAACAACUUAAGUGGGAAUCUUCCUUACUCCAUUUCUAGCAUGGUUUCCCUCAAUUACCUGAACUUAAGCCAUAACUCGAUAUUCCAGUCUAUUGGUGACAUUUUUGCAAAUCUACAGGGUCUCUCAAUUCUGGAUCUUUCUUUCAACAACUUCAGUGGAGAUCUUCCUAAUUCCUUUGGUUCUUUGUCCAACCUUUCUACUCUGUAUUUGCAAAGUAAUCAGUUAACUGGUUCAGUUAAUAUUCUUGCAGAUCUACCUCUAGAUAAUCUAAAUAUUGCAAACAACCAUUUCACCGGAUGGGUACCACGGGAAUUUUCUUCAAUCCCAAAUUUUAUAUAUGAUGGGAAUUCUUUUGAGAAUGGUCCUGCUCCUCCUCCUCCGCCAUAUACUCCGCCUCCCCCUGGUAGAUCACAUAAUAAUCGUAACCAUUCUGGGCCAGGCACACAUACACCACAGGGAUCUGAUGGACAAGCAUCCCAUGACAAUGAAAAUGAUAAGAAGGGUUUGGCAACAGGAGCCUUGGUAGGCAUAGUUCUUGGUUCAACAUUGGUUGCUCUUUGUGUGGUGAUUGUUUUUAUUCUUUGCCUUAAAAGGGGUAAAAAAGAGAGAGGAAGUAGUGCAGCACCUUCUUCAGGAACUCCAGUUGGCACAGACGGAGUAAUCAGCACAGAGCUUCAAGAGCAGAAGUUUAGGAGUAUGGCUGUAGCUACAGAUUUGAAACCCCCACCUGCAGAAAAAGUGAUGGCUGAGAGGGCAUAUGGGAAAAAUGGAUCUAUAAGUAGAGCAAAAUCACCUAUUACUGCUACUUCCUAUACUGUAGCUUCUCUUCAAAUGGCAACCAACAGCUUUAGUCAGGAAUACCUUAUUGGUGAAGGUUCCCUUGGUCGUGUUUACAGGGCAGAAUUUCCUAAUGGAAAGGUGCUGGCUGUCAAGAAGAUUGACAGUGCAGCACUGUCAUUACAGGAGGAAGAUAAUUUUUUGGAAGCUGUCUCAAACAUGUCACGCCUACGGCACCAAAACAUUACCUCAUUGGUGGGCUACUGCACAGAGCAUGGGCAGCGUCUUUUGGUUUAUGAGUACAUUGGCAAUGGGACGCUACAUGAUAUGUUGCACUUUUCUGAUGAUGGCAGCAAAAGACUAACAUGGAAUGCACGUGUUAAGAUAGCACUUGGAACAGCUAGGGCCUUGGAGUAUUUGCAUGAAGUAUGCUUGCCUUCAGUUGUACAUAGAAACUUCAAGUCAGCAAACAUUUUGCUUGAUGAAGAGCUCAACCCUCACUUGUCUGAUUGUGGACUAGCUGCACUGACACCAAACACUGAGCGGCAGGUUUCAACCCAGAUGGUUGGUUCAUUUGGUUAUAGUGCUCCUGAGUUUGCACUGUCUGGAAUUUACACCGUAAAAAGUGAUGUAUACAGCUUUGGAGUGGUGAUGUUAGAGCUGUUGACAGGUCGGAAGCCACUGGACAGUUCGAGGGUAAGAUCAGAACAGUCUCUUGUCAGAUGGGCUACUCCUCAACUUCACGAUAUUGAUGCCUUGGCAAAAAUGGUUGAUCCUGCACUAAAUGGCAUGUACCCUGCAAAGUCACUUUCACGCUUUGCAGACAUCAUUGCCUUGUGUGUUCAGCCUGAGCCAGAGUUUCGGCCUCCUAUGUCUGAAGUUGUCCAAGCAUUGGUCCGUUUAAUGCAAAGAGCAAGUGUGGUCAAGAGACGCUCCAGUGAUGAUUCAAGCUUCAUCCACAAGUUACCAGACUAUGAGGCUGUCGAGAUGUCAUUUUAAAUAUCUGAAGUUGAAGUGAAGCCAUCUUUUAUAUGCUUACAUAUGGCGUUUGCAAUUUUGUAUACAAGUAUGCAAAAGUUCGAUGUGCAAAUAAAGAAGAAACAGAAAAUAGUCAGAGACAUGGAGGGUGAUCGAGAUCCCAGUCAGAUGAGUAUAGUGAUCAUGUUAUAUACCAUUAUCAGUGAUGAACUUACAUUCCAAAUGCAAACCAGAGGUGUAUAUUUUGCAGCUUAUGGUUCAAUAUAAUGAUAUAUUAAUGCCGCCCGCUCAGUUGUAUCUAAAUUUGUUGAAGCCUUUGGAUGUACACUCUAGAUAUUUUGCAGUAAAAUAAAAUCCUUUGUUUGAUUCAAGCA